AGACUAUUUAAACCACUGCCCGUGAAAAAAUACACGAAUGAUCGUCUUUCUGACGCCUUCCGAGAGGGUCUGCUGGUUUCAUUUAAUGUUAUUCUGCCCAGGUAUUCAACACAGCGCUGGAUACUAGUUUAUUCUGCUCACAAUUCGCGGGGACUGACCUGUCGUUUUGGAAGAACUAUCAGCACAACUUCAUGGACAUUUAGAUUUUGGUAUCCUAAAACAUAUGAUACGAUUUUGAAUCAGGUUUCGUCAUUACCAUACAAAGUGGCAUCUUUGUUUGUGCUGCUGGCAGAACUGAACUGUGCUGUUGCCUGAACAUAAAACCAUGGGAGAUGUAGGGCAGAAACAACAGAAACUGGACCAAUUUUUGAAGAAGAUGACUAGUCCAAGUAACACUUCAAACAACCAACAACAAACUCCUGACCAAUCUCCAGGAGCUGAUGCCAAGGUUAAAUCCUCGUGCAACCAGCCAGGAACAUCUAGCCAAUCUCAGGAUCCUCAUAUCAAGAAAGAAGCACAUGAUGAAAGCCAUUCCUUCCGAUACCGCUUCGGAUACCAACAACGCAGAGUUACAUGCCAUACUCAUGGAACGGUCCUGGAUGCACUGCGAACAAGCCUGGAGUUCGAGAACGCGACAAAGAUAAGACAGGGGAUGGGAAUUGUCAUCCAAAGAGAAAAAGAGCCACGGGCAGCUGUCAGUACACAUUUCCCCUGCCAUUUAAUUGAUAACAAUGAGCUAGUGACAGUCAGCUUCAUCAGAGUUCUAAACGGUAGUUCUUCAGAUACCCGGAGCCUUUACAAACAGAGUCACCCCCCAAAAAUACAACCUGACAAGUUGAUGAUUUUCUGUGUUGAAACUGAAGGUGGAAAAGGUAUUAAAACAAAAGUAAUGAAAAACUCAGAGCUCAAGAAGAAAGUGAAGUAUGUUUGUGUGUACGGCUACAAAGGGGAAAGGGUGAAGCAAGCCUUGAGGAGAGAUGGGCGGUUUGAUAAAACCAUCUUUAAAACACGCUGUGUUCUUUCUGAGCCAGAGACGAGUGUCGACACAGAGAUGUCCCAGCCAGUCGAUGGUCUUGAUGGGAAAAGUCGUAAAGGUGAAAUGGUGGUUGUGAAAGUAAAACGUAUCGGUCGUGUAUCUCAGCCACAGCCAGAUAGUCUUGAGGACAACACACCAACUGAAGAGCUGUACGUCCCCUCUGAUGUAACAUCGGAAGCAGCUCUCUCUCCUCAGAGUUCUACCAAAACAGACACAGUUAAAACACAGUUGCAGACAAAAGAGGCAGGAAAAGAUGGUAGUUCUCUGGUAGUGAAGCAAAAACGUCAAGAGAUUCCAAACUCUAAAGAGAUCCUAAGCAUCCUGCGUUCCCAAUAUGCAGGUUUGGUAGAUCACUUGAAAGAGAGAGAUUUGAAAAAGCCUUCAGACGUGCAGCAAUUCUUGAGAGUGGAGUUUGGAAAGAAAACACAGAGCUUCCAAGAGGUGAAGAAAGUGAAGAGACUAAUGGAGCUGAGUGCUUCUGUUUGUCAGGUGAGAAUUGAAGGGGCAGCAAAAGGAACUGGCUUCCUUCUGUUUGAAAAGUUGAUCCUUACAAACGCCCAUGUUGUCCAUCAAAUCUAUGAGCCGAUAACUAACAAGCUGCAACAAUCGGUAACAGUCACGUUUGACUUUGAAGACCUGGAUGAGAGAACGCAGCAGAUACCAGUGCAAAGUGAAGUUGUAGCCUAUGGAAAAGUUGUUUCUGGGAAUCUUGACUUUGCUUUGCUGGAGCUUAGCUCAGAUCCUGACAUCUCCUUGCCUUCAAGCUUGCUUGACAUCUUCAGCUUUCCGUCUCCAGAGGGCGGAAUCUGCAUCGUCGGCCACCCUGAGUGCGGCGUGAAAAAGACAGACCCUUGCUUUAUCAUUCGAUAUGGAGAUCGUACACAAGCUGUAGAAAAACAUUUAACAGACAAUGAGGAAUACAUGCAUGUCAUAAACAACAGAUAUUUUGAGGAGAAGUGGGACAUCGAAACAUGUCUACCGAGGGACACAGAGAAGAUGACCUAUGACACCUGUUUCUUCCACGGUGCCUCUGGCUCUCCAGUCUUCGAUGAGUACUGCCAGCUGAUCGCUAUGCAUACAGCAGGCUACUCCUACCAGGGUAAAAGAGGGAAAACCCAGAGUGUCAUAGAGUAUGCCAUUCCCCUGUCGGGCAUACUUGAGGAGAUCGUCAUUCAAGCGGUGCGUAGGAAAAGGGUUGAUGUGCUACAGGAAUUCCUGAGGCAGAGGAGGAUGAAAUUAGACGUAGUGAUGGAAAGAGUCAAGGCCCGGUCUGUUAAUGCCAGCCUGGUCAAGGCAUUUCGGGAGAAGCUGCCGUUCAACAGUAACUUUUCAGAUCAGGGAGAGCAGAAAACCUUCCACCAGUUCCUCUUUGAUAAAGCCACAGGGGUCGAAGCCACAGGGGUCAAAGCCACAGGGGUCGAAGCCACAGGGGUCGAAGCCACAGGGGUCAAAGCCACAGGGGCCAAAGCCACAGGGGUCGAAGCCACAGGGGUCGAAGCAAUGGAGGUGGAUGUCUAUGACAAUUGGAAAAAAUGCCCCGUUGUCAUAUUUAAGUAAAAGUAUAGAUACCUUAGUAGAAAGUUACUCAAAAAGUGAAUGUUACCCAGGAAAAUAGUACUAAAGUCUAAAAAGAUUUGAUUCUAUAUAUACUUUAUCAAAAGUAAAAGUGUAAAUCAUUUCAAAUUUCUUACGUUAAGCAAAGCAGACGGCACCAUUUUCUGGUUUUGAAAAUGUAUGGAUAGCCAGGGGCACACUCCAACACUCAGACAACAUUUACAAACGAUUGAUUUGUGUUUAGUGAGUCCUCCAGAUCAGAGGCUAAAAGGGAUGGCCAGGGAUGUUCUCUGUUUAGUGAGUCUGUCAGAUCAGAGGCAGUAGGGAUGACCAGGGAUGUUUUCCUGAAUUUGAUCUUUUUCCUGUCAAAAUGUAAUGAGUACUUUUGUGUGUCAGAGAAAAUGUAUGGAGUAAAAAGUACAUUGUUUUCUUUCGGAAUUUAGUGAAGUAAAAUUCAAAGUUGUCAAAAAUAUGAACAGUAAAGUAAGCUACAGGUAUCCCAUAAAACAACUUAAGUAGUAUUUUAAAGUAUUUUUUACUUAAAUACUUUACACCACUGAUGAUAAUGAUUAAUGAAAGUAGUGACGCGUAUAUUAUUAAAAUCCAUACUUUUAAUCUAAACUGUAUUAUGAUGUUUUCAUAUAUUAAUUAUUUUAUAUUUCAUUAUUACAUUCCUCAAUACAGACCUGUUCUUGGGCAGAUCAUGAUAACGUUCCUCAAUACAGACCUGUUCUUGGGCAGAUCAUGAUAACGUUCCUCAAUACAGACCUGUUCUUGGGCAGAUCAUGAUACCGUUCCUCAAUACAGACCUGUUCUUGGGCAGAUCAUGAUAACGUUCCUCAAUACAGACCUGUUCUUGGGCAGAUCAUGAUAACGUUCCUCAAUACAGACCUGUUCUUGGCCAGAUCAUGAUAACGUUCCUCAAUACAGACCUGUUCUUGGGCAGAUCAUGAUAACGUUCCUCAAUACAGACCUGUUCUUGGGCAGAUCAUGAUAACGUUCCUCAAUACAGACCUGUUCUUGGCCAGAUCAUGAUAACAUGCAUCAUUCAUGUAACCUACUAUUGAGUCAAAUCAACCGGAGAUCUUUCCAUGGAAAUUGUAGUUUAACAUACGCUCGUCUGACAUGAUUGUAUUGUUUUCUGCCGAGGAGACGUACUGUAACCAUUGUUUGUUGUAAUCUUCAAAAUAAAAGCUCAGGAGAAGCUUUUCUACUGUGUUAUUGACUGUAUGUUUAUUCCAUGUGUAACUGUGUUGUUUGUGUCGAACUGCUUUGCUUUAUCUUGGCCAGGUCGCAGUUGUAAAUGAGAACUUGUUCUCAACUGGUCUACCUGGUUAAAUAAAGGUGAAAUAAAUAAGAUUGUA